AUGGAAAACUGUAUAUAUGAUGGUGGGAUUUUACAGCCGGGCUCCCCCAUUGCUGGGAAAUGCUGGUACUCGUAUAGUACUCCACCCACAGCACAGCGGGACUGCAAGAUAGUAAUCGAGAAUUUUAAUAUCUCGUAUGGUAGGAUACUACUAUAUUGUAUAAACGUCUCUAUUAUACUGAUAUCAUACUUCUCCGCAUCAUAUCGAGUGUACUCGUACAGUACACUUUUAACACCCCACCUUUCUUGA